AUGAGUAAAAUGUCAAACAAGGAUACAGGAAAUUCCAUUGAAACAAAUGACGUUGAAGCUGCUAUCGUGGAUGAAGUAGAAUGUAACGAUUCAGACACCACCUACUGUGUGGAGAACUUUAAUUACCAGGUGUUUAGCGGUACAACGGCUUCAGUUCCACCUCUGACCAAGCCACAGAAGGUCAAGUACUCAUUCAAACGCCCCGGGUUGAUUGCCAGACAACUUUCCUACAAACUUCGGUCAAUCAACUGGAGUGCAACUAAGGAGCAGCUCUCUAUUAAAAGCAACUCCCCGAUGCAGUUAUUACUUCUAGCGGUUUUGAUUAUCCUGUUUUUCGUUAUUUUAACCUUGUUAAUCUUGAGUCAGAAAAACCUGAGUGCCGAACGCUGGCUUCGUACGCACCAGUGUCAGUCGUACCGCUGUCUCAACGCCGCUGGUCUAAUGUUUGAGAAAUUGAACAAGUCUGUCUCACCAUGCGACAAUUUUUAUCAGUACGCUUGUGGACAACACUUUCAACCACAUCAUCCCACCGCGCAACCGGAUACGCCAAAUGCCCAGGGAGGUCAAGCGUAUCAGUCAGGUUUCAACAGUGAAGCUGUAAUGUAUCUCAAUAAGGAAAAGGCUGGGAAACUGCUGCGAAUUCACCGACCGGCCAUCGAUCAUCUAACCCAGAUAAACAUACAUGCUAUUAUCUCUGGUAUGAAUCACAUCUACUCCACUCAGUACACAAAAGCCAAUUCGGCCAAGUACAAAGUUUCACAAUGGUAUCAAUCUUGCACGCACCGGACAAUGAGAAAUUGGUAUGGAACUCGUACGUUCCUUUCCACGGCGGUGCCAGCACUUGGUGGUAUUUGGCUUCUUGAUAGGAAUGCUACUAACGAUACCGGGGCGACAGCAGCCACAAACGACUGGCCAACUAGAUUCUUCUGGAGUACUGCUCUCACAAAGGACAUAGCAAUGAAAAGUGAUUGGUCAUGGAUGGAAUCUGUUAAGAAGCUACAAGCGGCGCUUCAUGUACCCGCCUUUGUAGACCUCAGCGUACAGUCUGAUCAACAAUCCAUGCCGAUAGUCUAUUUCACACCCGACUGGACUGCUUGGCUUGCUGGAAGAUACUACUCAUAUUAUGAGAAAUACAUAACGAGUAUAUUUCAACAGUUGGGUGUGGAAGCUGGCAUUCCAUAUGGCGAUACCGAAUUCACGGAACGAGUCAAGCAAGCCAUCAAGGAUGUUGAACUGGUUGGCAAGCAAAUGUAUCAGAUUAUCCAAGGUGCCAGAACUAAAGAACGCGAAAGUGUCACUCUAGGUCAACUCAGUGAAAUCGGUUCGACGUUCGAUUGGAAAGGACUGUUGACGUACUACUUCAAUGAAGUUGGUAUUGCCUUCGAUGACAACUAUCGUGUCUAUUCACGAUCGGUGAAAUAUAUGAAAAAGUUACCGAAGAUGAUUGCAGACCUUCAAAAGAACUAUUCCCAAGCAGUAUUCAACAGAAUUUUGAAUAACUACAUGCUGUGGAACACGCUUGAUAGUUAUGCGUGGCAUUUGUCCUAUGAGAUGGCCUCGAUUCAGAACAAACACUAUUCCUGGAUGGACUCGGAUUUGGAAACCGAUUGCUUCCUAUUCACCCACCAACUGUUCAGCACUGUCCUGGGUGCCAUCUUCGUGGAAAAUCAUUUACAUGACGAGGCAGUCAACCAUACGAAAGCCAUGUUGAGUUACCUUAAGUCUACCGCAAGAGAACAGGUGGAACGGACUAAGUGGAUGGAUUACGAAACGAAAAGGAGGCUUGAGAAAAGAAUAGAUGAAAUGGAAAUAAAGUAUACUGUGCCAGAAAUCAUGACCAAUGAUGUCAAAUUGGAUUACGCAUACAGACGGCUCAAAUCUUCAUACAUCUACAUGGAGAAUCUUCUAUCCUCAAUCGCAUACCUUCGAGCAAUGUACAACCGCCUACUCGCAGGAAUCGCUGAUCCAGACGAAAACGACUGGCUUAGUGAUAGGGUCAACGUGUACGAUGCGAAGAUUGGUAUGCAGAUUGUGAAAGAUCAACUCUACGUACCUCUUGGAGCAGUACAGCCUCCGGUCUAUCAUCAUUCACUACCGGCGACCCUGAAUUUCGCUGCUUUUGGAUCGAUGGUUGCCACAGCCAUGGCUCACUUGCUCGGUGAAAUUGGUUCAUACAAACUCACUGAGAACUCGCAGUUAAUCUGGUCUGACAGGAGCUGGCAAGAAUAUCUGAAGCACUGGCAGUGCGUCAGGAAUCAGAUUGGCAAUGAGACCCAGGCUUACUUGAAUGCAUCUUCAUGGUUGAUGAUCUACAUCUCAGCUGGACUUGAUGACGCGGCAUCCCAGAUUAUUGAUGAUGCAACAGGCCUGCUGAUUACCCGUCGGGCUUUGGACAAAUGGAUGGAUGAGAAAGAGAACUCACUGGAGGAUGCUAUUCUGCCCGGAGAAUAUAUGGCUCGACAUGAACAGUUCUACACUGCUUACGCCCAGACGUUCUGUGAUAAAAUGAGCGAAAGCGAACAGUUUUACCAGCUGUUCGCUGGGGAUCAGGCCGUUCCCUUUGAAGUAAUCACUACUAAUUCGGUGUUCCCACCAGGCCUGACCAAUGCGUCAGAGAUGCCGAUGGGCACUUUGCUCCUGGACACGCCGUCAGUGAACGCAACACUUGCAGUCCAGGGAGAGCGCCGGAUGACACGCGGUUGCCUGCAAAACGGAUGCAGAACGAAUGGAAUCAUCAGAGGCGAGAUGGCCAAUUGGUUAGAGGGCGAAUUGACUGACCAGAAGGUCCGUGGUUCGAACCCAACAUCUGCCUCCCGACUUGCCCUGUCUAGGCUUGGGCAGCCUGAAAGUAUCUUAGUCCUCGUGCAACCUUCGGGUGGCACGGCAGUUAGGCACCGAAAGGGUGCUACAGCUGGACGAUUUUUUUCUGGUCACUCGACACGUCAGCAGAAGUGGAGCAUCGCUGUCACCCGAUGUGAGCCAUCCUGGCUUUUCUGUCAACCAAUACCAUCCGCCAAUCCCAUGGCCCAUUAA